CGUAUUGAUUGAUUUGUACACUUUCCAAGAAGUUUACAAUCGUCGAUGGUUUAAUAGAAAGCCGUGACAGAUCCAUACGAUAUAUCACGUUUAAUGAACGAGCCACAGUCGGCUGCCACGAGUGCCGUCAAGUGCCGCACUGCCGCGUUGAAGCGCGUCUGCCUACAUCGUGGAGCACUAGUGAUAACGGGCAAUAAUAGAUUUUGUCAGCUUAGAGCAAUUCACAAGGCAAUCGUGGCAAGUGAAAGUAGAAUCAGCCGGCCUUGAGAUUCGGCUCAAAGGACCAAAAUGUUAUGACACGCGCUCUUCGUGAAGGAAGGAAGAUUUUUGUGCAGGAAGGCUAAGUAUCACUUUACUGUCACACAACACUUUGUUUGUUUAACUGCUAUUUACAAUAUUCACGGCUGAUAACACCGCACUUCUGCUGUUUCAGGGUUAGUUGGUGCAGAGAGCAAGCGAUUCCGCGACUCUCAAAAGUAAAUCAAAUAGCUGUUCGGCAAAUGUGAGCUCGUUGUAUCGUAUGCAACUCUACUCCGUUAGCGCCUUUCGAGAAGUGAGGAGCCCACGAAAGUUUGACGUUUAUAUAGCGCCUGCGCUUCUAGAUUUCUCCAGAAGCUUCGAGAAGCUUCCCGAAAGCUUUUGAUUUUCCGGAACGGAAGUGAGACUGCAAGGAUAGGAUGAAUCCAGAAAAGCAAACCGUUAAAUGUCUUACCUUCAAUUUAUUUGAUUUCUCGCUUUCCGACUGCUUUGUGUAAGCAAAUUACUGAGUCUCGAGUCGAUCUUGGCAUUGUGAUUUGCUUACGCGCGCGAGAAAUCGACGCUCGCGGUCGAUUCGGGUGUGUAUCGACACAUAUCAAGUGUUUACGAGCAUCGCGCUCCGUAUUUGUUGCUUUAUUGCGCGCGAGGCGGACGCGAUAUUUAAACAAAGUUUUUGGUGCUUCAUACUUUAGCGGAUUCCGAACACUAGUGAAAAAUGAUAUAUUAAUUGAUUCGACAUGGAUUCGUUAUGUUUUUUCAUUUUUCAGUAGGUAAUUCUAUUAUUUUAGAGGUUAAGAUUAUAAUUUUAAUUAAAUAAUAUUGCAAUACAAAAAAGUCGAAAACUUUUAUUAAUUAAUUUUAAUAUCAUUAAACUUAAUAUUUAAAUUGUUUAUUAUAUUGUUUAUCAAUAUAUGUGUGUGUAUAUUGUCACGUCCAGCUAUUAUUGUUAUGGUCGUUAGAUAGAUAGAAGGAAGGAAGCCUCGUAGCGUGAAGGAUAGAUCGGCCUCCGCUGGUCGGCGUCGUCGGUGAUCGGGCCAGAUUUUUCUUGAUGGUUCAUUGAGAUUAAUAUUUUAUUCUCGAUAUUGAAAUUAACAAUAAAAUCGAUGCUCGAACCGGUUGAAUAUCACGGAGAGCUUAUGACGAAAAUAAAAAAAGAAAUACGUUGCUGAAUUUGAAACUUAUUGGAUAAGUAAUGAAUAAACUUGAUUGAAAAGAGUUAAUACGCGUAUUAAGAUGUUGUCGGAUGAUGAUGACCGGACUUAAUGAGUUGCGGACAAACAAUGAAUGAAACCGAAUAGAAGAAAGGUACGUAUGCCACUCUUGGGCAUAAGGGCGCUGUGUUACUCCGCCGCGCGCGAACGUAAGACGUGCCGUGGCGCAGCCGCGCGGCGUUCUGCGUACAGCUUAUCGCACUCUGACACUCGGAAAGUCUUUCUUUGUUCCCUAACGCAACUUAUUAAUUAAUCGCGGAUUAAAAUUUACGCAACUUAAAAUUAACGCAAUUUAGAAUUACGCAAAUAGUAAUAUGUCUUAGAAGUUAACGCACGCAGGGGGGGGGGAGGGUUGAAAGAGAAAUAAACAGAUAUAUGAUUUAAAAGUUGCGGCUGACAGAGUCAGACGUAUAACGAUUAGCUUGAUAUAAGGUGGUAACGGAUUUCUAAAAAAACAAGAUUUGAAAGAAUUGAAUAAUUGCCAGUACGAACGAAUGGUAUAAAUUGUGAAGUUAAUUAUAAAAAUGUAGGUGUAAAUUUCCCCCAACGUUUUUGUAUCUAAUUAAGAAGUAACACAUGCAUAAAAGAAAAUGCGAUCAAAGAACUUUAAAUCAACAAAAAAAGGGCUAGAAGUUAUUUCUUAAUUUUAAUAUAUAUUGUCGAGUAAUAUAAUAUGCGUGUGAAGCCAAACGGUGAGCCAUAGUUUCUCAUGGACAUCCGAUCGCCGGAGGCGUGCUUCUUAGAACUUUUAUCGUGUGUAAGCUUAUCUAUAUUUAAAUAAAGCGCGACUCGGUAUGGCGUGAAAAGUACGCUAUCGUCGUGAUUACUAUUGUCUCCGUGAGCUGCGCCACUAGACUGUUUCCGGGCACUGCGGGACUGUUCCUGCAGAUCGCGAGCGAGCGAGGGAGCGAGCCAUUGUCGUUGCUGCUGUCGGUGCUAAUGAUUGCUGUACCAUCAAUAUAUAUCUACUCUUAUUAGAUUAAGGCCCGACUUGAGUGCUUAUUCCUGACAUCCCUGUUCUAAGAAUUAGCCAACAAUUUCAGAAGUGGGAUAAAUCUGAUCUCAUUUAAGGUGAUUUACGCUUAUUUAACCAAGAAAUGUGGAACGGAAAAGCAGUGCCCGAUCUCACGAUCGUCGAGUUGAAAGAUAUUUUAAAGAGGCUGCAGUUGUCAACGGCGGGCAACAAGGCCGAGUUAGCAAGGAUCCUUACAGCAGAUCCGGAGGGACAACGACUGUGAGAGCUACAGGCGGAGAAUGCAGGUGAGGAGACGGGAACGGCAACGGGAGGAAACGUGGAGGAUGCGUUGGGCAGCGACCACGCGGUCAGCUCGAGUCCGCCAUUAGGUAGGCCAAAUUUUGCACAAGAGCUAGAAUUUUUGCAAAGAGAACGAUUGUUAAUGCAACGGGAAAUCGAUCUUGUGCAUCAAGAGAAUGAGAGAUCAAGAACAGCGACACCAUUUACGUACGACACCGAACAGAUUAGACAGCCGGCAAUCAAUAUCAAAAUUAUUAGUGAAUUAUUAAGUAUAUAUAGCGGGGCAGACCAAGAUUUUAAGACCUGGGAAGCCCAAUUGCAAUAGAUUAAGCAAUCUUAUAGUCUCACGGAUAACCUUGUUAAAAUUAUGAUCGGGCUACGAUUAAAAGGAAAAGCAUUAGAGUGGUUUCACUUGAAGCCCGAGUUCUUAAGUAUGUCGAUAUCCGCCAUUUUGAGUGAACUGAAAAAAAUGUACGACCAUCGUCCCAGCAAAACUGAGUUACGCAAACAGUUUGAAUCGAGAAUAGCAGUCAGGCGAAUCAUUUCAAGAUUAUUUCUACGACAAAAUCAUUAAGGCCAAUCGAGUUCCGAUAACAGAGGACGAGAGGUUAGAUUAUAUCAUAGAUGGUGUUGCUGAUGGGCGUAUGCGCGACCAUGCCAGGAUGCAAAACUUUGUGUCGACGGAGGAGCUGUUACAAGCCUUUAAGAAAAUUGCAAUUCGUCCAGACUUUAAGAGCAAAUUGAGGAUGUCCAAUGAGAAGAGUGACUGCAGAAACAACGUCAAAUCAGUAACAAAAGAAGAGGCAAGACCGAAAGGAAAGUGCUAUAAUUGUAACCAGUCAGGACACAUAGCGAGUGAGUGCAAGCGGCCCAAACGAGAGAAAGGUUCCUGUUAUAUUUGUGGCGAAUUUGGUCAUCUCAGCAAGGAUUGUCUAAGGAAGGAUACACUAGCCGAAACGAAGGAGGUCAACCACGUAGAAAUUAUGCCAGAGGACUCUAGUUUUCGUCAAGAUGUCACUUAUGAGAUAAGUUAUGCCGAUAUUAAUUAUGGCAUGCAUUUAAGUACCUUAUUCGAUACCGGAAGCCUAAUAAGUUUUAUUCAAGAGCAAUUUGUUCGGAAAUAUGAUACUGAGGGCAUUAGUCAUUUACAGAAUACUUUUUGUGGCAUUAACCAUUCCAAACUUAUUAUUAAGGGCAUUAUUAAGACUGAUAUUAUACUGAAUCAAAUCCAAAAGACGAAUGUUUCUCUUUUAGUUGUGUCUAACGAUACUAGAUCUUCUUGUGUUUUAUUAGGCCGUGAUGUAUUAAAACUGUUUCAAUUAUGUUUAACGAACAAUUAUAAAAAGGAACAAAGGGAAGAGAUUGUUAAUAUUAUGAAUAUAGACUAUAAUUAUACAACUUCUAAUGAAUUGGAUCUUUGCAGGACUGAUGAGCAUUUGACAGCUCAAAUGAAGACUGAGUUAGCUCAGAUAUUUAAUGAACAUUACGUCACGCCAAUUAGACCUGAGUUACCUGAAGUGAAGGUCGAACUAAAGCUUGCGUUAGAAAAUCUUCACCCUUUUCAUUUUUGACCGAGACGAGUUUCAUUUGUGGAACGAGAUCAACUGAGAUGUCUUCUAAAUAAGCUGCUUGAGGAAAAAGUUAUUCGGCCAAGUGAGUCGGAGUAUGCAUCUCCUAUAGUACUACUUAAGAAGAAGAGCAGUGAGUUACGUAUGUGUGUGGAUUACCGCACACUAAAUAAAAUGCUGCUACGGGAUAAUCAUCCACUACCGAUAAUCGAAGAUCAUUUAUGAUUUUGGCAAACAAAGGAUUUUUUAGCAAACUUGAUUUAAAAAAUGGAUUCUUCCAUAUUAGCGUUGCGGAGGAAUCAAUUAAGUAUACAGCAUUCGUAACUCCUUUAGGUCAUUUUGAAUUUCUUAAAAUGCCGUUUGGACUUAAAGUCGGGCCAUCGAGAUUCCAACGUUUUAUUUUAGACGUCUUUAAAAAAUUAACUGAAACGGGAGAUUUAGCUAUUUAUUUGGAUGACUUCUUGCCUCAGAAACCAUAAAGCAUUAUUUAAAACGAGUCUUUGAAUUAUUAGUACAAAACAAAUUAGAAUUCAGAUUAGAUAAGUGCGUAUUUUUAGUAACUGAAAUUGAAUAUCUUGGAUAUAAGGUCACAAAGAAUGGUAUUAGUCCUACCGUUGAGGGAGUAUCGGCAGUUGCAAAAUUUCCUAUUCCGCGUAAUACACGAAAAAUUCAGAGCUUUUUAGGGUUGAGCUCCUAUUUUUGAAAGUUUGUGCAGGGUUUUGCUCAAAUCGCUAAACCAUUGUAUGAAUUGCUCAAGGCUGGAGAAGCUUUUAAAUUCGGUACUCAAGAACUUCAAGCUUUUGAAACGAUUAAGUCUAAAUUAACGUCAUUUCCUUUAUUAGCUAUUUAUAGUCAUAAGGACGUAACAGAGUUACAUUGCGAUGCAAGUGCAUCAGGUUACGGAGCCAUUUUAAUGCAGAAAAAAGCUGACUUAAAGUUUCAUCCAGUUUUUUAUUUUUCGAAAAGAACAACACUAACGAAGAGCAAAUAUCAUUCUUUUGAAUUAGAGGCGUUAGCGAUUAUUUAUGCUUUAAAAAGGUUUAGAAAUUAUGUUCGCGGGAUAAAAUUUAAGAUUGUCACAGACUGCGACUCAUUUAGAUUAACUCUCAACAAGAAAGACAUUCAUCCAAGAAUUGUGCGAUGGGCAUUAGAGCUCCAAAGCUAUGAUUAUGAAAUAAUGCAUACCCUAGUAUCAUUUUCUAGCAUUUUCUGCAGAACAGAAUUUGCGUGCAGUUAAUUGCAGUAGAAUUGAGUCAGAUGUGCAGAAGAUUAUUCCCAAAAGAGCCAUGCUGACAGAUUGCUGGCAGACUGCUUCAAUAUUCGUGCACUGUACUUGUAUAUGAUCUGCUUGCAGAAACUUGGUACAGAUAUUGAGCUAUCUUGAAGCAGAUUCUUCCCGCAACUGCAGUCUGUAAGCAGUCUAGCAAAGUUCUUCAGCAGAAUGACAUAAGAUUCUUUUAACAGAAGUAGCGCGCAGAUCUUGUGCAAAUAUUGCACAAAUAUAAUCUGCAGAUUUCUGUAAGUUUUUUACAACAGAAAUAGCGCGCAGAUCUUGUAUAGAUAUUGCACGAAUAUGAUCUGCAGAUUUCUGCAAGUUUCUUACAACAAAAAUGACGCGCAGAUCUUGUGCAGAUAUUGUACAGAUUCUGCUUAAUCAACAGCAGAAAGAUCUGCUGCCACCGCUAGGUGGCCACGCCGCGAAAUAUCUUCUCGUGAGUCAAGUGCGGCAACAGGCGUUAUAUCUAGACACCACCGCGGCCACUUCUCAGCUCAUACACCAGUGAGAUUUUUAUGAGUUUCGUGUUGUAACCUCGAAACGAAUACUCGCUUUUAUUUUUUUUAAACAUGACGUGUAUGUGGAAAACUGUUCCACAUAAAAUUUUAUAUUUUUACAUGUAAAUAACAAUUUGUAUUGUUAUUUAAU